UCUAUAUGAAGCAAGUAAAUUGUAUACCUCUGGCUGCUGGUAUGCCAAAUACUGUCACAUAUCCCUUCAUUGAUAUUUCUAUGACAUUUAAAUAUGACAUCCCAAUAAAACUUAAUGAACGUGAAAUAUCUACAGCGUUACAAUAUGGAGCUUCACAAGGUUAUGGGCCAUUAUUAGAAAAAUGGAGGGAAUUCUUAAAAACAUGGCAUACACCAAGACAUAAUGAUUGGAAUAUUGCAUUUACGAAUGGUUCUAUGGAUGGUUGCAGUAAAAUCUUUGAAAUGAUGAUCGAUGAGAAUGAUCCAGUUAUGCUUCAAGUGCCAACAUAUACGGGAAUAAUCGGAGCGUUGGCACCGUUAUUACCAGAUUUAAUAGAGAUUCAUCAAGAUGCUGAUGGGUUAAUUCCCGAAGAAAUCAGCAAAGAAUGUGAACGAAGACUUAAGGAUAAUAAACCAAUGCCAAAAGUAAGUCAGAAAAUUACAGUAUUGUAUCAAAUGCUCUCCUAGAAAUUG